CCUCACAGAAAGAAUCCGGCUCUGGUGAGAUGAGGGGACAGGAUGGCAACUCGAUCGGUGGACCGCAGCUGAAUACUCCUAAAAGGACACUUUUGCGGCUGUGUGUCCCAGCAGGUGGUGUGUGGCGCGGUGUGAGGGGAGGUCAUGCCCCUGGUCAAGAGGAACAUAGAGCCCCGGCACCUCUGUCGAGGGGGGCUGCCCGAGGGGAUUGGCAGUGAGCUGGAGUGUGUCACCAACAACACCCUCUCUGCCAUCAUACGGCAGCUCAGCAGUCUAAGUAAACAUGCGGAGGACGUCUUUGGAGAGCUUUUUAGUGAGGCUAACACAUUUUAUGUGCGUGCCAACGGUCUCCAAGACCGCAUCGAACGCUUGGCUGUCAAGGUCACCCAGCUGGAUUCCACCGUGGAGGAGGUCUCUCUGCAGGACAUCAACAUGCGCAAGGCAUUUAAAAGCUCUACAGUCCAGGACCAGCAGGUGGUGUCCAAGAGCAGCACGUCCAACCCUGUGGAGGACAUGUACAACACCAGCGACAAGCCUCCUUCUCUCAGCAUUCUCUCUGCUUACAGAGAUGACCACACCGAUGGGAUGAAGUUCUACACUGACCCAUCCUACUUCUUUGACCUGUGGAAGGAGAAGAUGCUGCAGGACACGGAGGACAAGAGGAAGGAGAGAAGAAGACAACGCGAGCAGAAGCGUUGUGUUGACGGCACACUUCAGCGCGAGGUGAAGAAGGUUCGUAAAGCCAGAAACCGCCGCCAGGAGUGGAACAUGAUGGCGUUCGACAAAGAGCUCCGCCCAGACCACCGCCACCCUCACUCUCUCCACCGGGGGGCGUCGUCUGAGGGCUCCCUCUCCCCAGAGAGCAGAUAUGGUCAUGACCUGCCAGACUACCCAACUGCUCCAGGCCUUCCACAUUCUGCAUCCAACCAUGCCCUGGCUCACCCCUACCCGCCUGCAGACAUUCACGAGUCUGUAGAGCAUGAGUACCACAGCAUCGGAGUCAGUUACAGAGAAGGGACUCUCAACCGCACACACCACUCCCCACCUCUGCAUCGCUCCACUGAGAGAAUAAAUGGCACUAUGACGCUUCCACCUGCGGACUACAGUAUAAUGGAGUACUAUGCCAGUUCCGGACCACCACCCCCUCCCCCAGCCCCUCUUAUCCCAUCCGCACAGACAGCCUUUGGCUCUCCCAUGGUAUCCCCCACCCCCUUACUGGACCUAGGACAGGGGCCACAGGCUAUAGUCUCCCACCCCUACCUCCCCCAGGACCUCGUAUGAUUCCACCUCCCCCAGGUCCCCCUCCACCACCAGUACCCCCUGCCCCACCCCAACUGGCAGGUCUCUGUGACGGGAAGAGACAGGACACCCAGCCUCGAAGUGACCUUCUGUCAGCUAUUCGCAUGGGCAUCCAGUUGAAAAAGGUGCAGGAGCAGCAGGAGCAGCAGGCUAAGCGGGAGCCUGUGGGGAACGACGUGGCCACCAUCCUGUCCCGUCGCAUCGCAGUGGAGUACAGCGACUCGGAGGACGACUCCGAACUGGAAGAGAACGACUG